AAAGACAUAUACCAGAACUAGAUCUGCAUAUCGAAUGGCUGCUGUAAACUGUCCUUAUGCACUACACUGUGCGUGCACUAGGAAAGGAGAAAGUGCAAGCUGAUAUAAGGCAAUGUCCCUUUAAGACUGCAACGUGCUGCAAGCGGCCAAAUGUCUCAGAGAAGAAGUGAUCAUCCUCCUCUUUAUGGAUUAUUCAACAAGUGGCCCAGUCCGUUCAGGCAUCGUACGCAGCCAUGGUUGGCGGAUAGAGAAUGCGGGUUCAUGGCAGGAGAACUCUAGGAACAAUGAAAAUAAUGCAUGAAGUACGUGCAUUAAGAUGAAGUAAGUGGACGACUUGUUUCAGAUAGUGGAGUAGCCUAUUGUAAUGAGUGUUCUGGGGUCAGCAAGUUUGUGCUGUCAGAAGAAACCUAAUUCUGCAAGGGGACUAGACACAGCACCGCGUAGCUAUAUGAAAAAGGGCCUCGCGCAGCAUCCCAUUAACUGUUUACCUUUAACGCAUUCGAUUCGGUCAUUGACAGCAGUUUACAGACGCCAUUUAGUUUUCUAUAUAGAAGCGUUUCAACAAGUGUCCAUGGACAGGCUGCUACAGUAUAAUCUCUCCAAAAAUAAAAUAAUGUCUAUCUCCGCUUCGAUUAUUCAACUUAUAGAUUUGCUAUGUUUAUGCUAUUAGUCAACACGUGCGACGAUAAUUUAUCAUUCAGUAUGUAGAAUAUGGGGAGAAGUAGCUUGUGCGCACAGAUAAAAUCCAAUUCUAAUAACAAGAUCUACAGGACAUUUAGGCUAUAAACGAAACUAGAUUUGCAUAAUAAUAUGUGGCAAUUGUUUUUGAUGGAGCCGUGUAAUAUAUAUUUCGGGAGUAAGUGACCAACAGAUAGCAUGGUGGUGGAGAAGGCCUUUCUCGCCGCACGGCAGGGUGAUAUUCAGACUCUGAAAGUGCUCUUUGCUGAGAAAGUACUUCACAAAGAUGUAAAGGACCCUCUCGGAGCCUCUCCCGUGCAUCACGCUGCCCGGUCCGGCAAACUCACCUGUCUGCGCUACCUGGUGGAAGAAGCUGGGCUACCCGGCAACUGUCUUGCCAGGAAUGGCGCGACCCCAGCGCACGACGCGGCCGCAACCGGUAACCUGGCCUGUCUGCAGUGGCUAAUAACGCAUGGAAGGUGCAAGGCUUCGGAUAAGGACUGGUCUGGAGCCACCGUCCUCCACCUGGCCUGCCGCUUCAGUCACCAUGAGAUCACCGACUGGCUGCUGAAGGGCCAAGAGGCGGACCCCAGGGUUCCCACGGAUACGGGGGUGCUGCCUGUCCACUACGCUGCUGCCAAGGGAGACCUACCAUCUCUGAGGCUUCUGCUCGGGCACAGCCCAGGUGCGGUCAACACCCAAACAAAAAAUGGUGCCACGCCCGUUUAUUUGGCCAGUCAGGAGGGCCACCUGGAGGUGGUCCAGUACCUGGUGAAGGACUGCGGGGCGGAGCCCCGGAUCAGAGCCAAUGACGGAAUGACUCCCCUGCACGCCGCCGCCCAGAUGGGACACACGAUGGUCAUCGUCUGGCUGAUGAGCUUCACGGAGGUCGGUCUGUCGGACCGCGACGGCGACGGCGCCACGGCCAUGCACUUCGCCGCCAGUCGCGGCCACGCCAAGGUCCUGAGCUGGCUCCUGCUCCACGGGAGCGAGAUCGCCCCCGACUGCUGGGGCGGGACCCCCCUGCACGACGCUGCGGAGAACGGCGAGCUGGAGUGCUGCCAGAUCCUGGUGGUGAACGGGGUCGAUCUCGGGCUGCGGGACAAGGACGGCUUCACAGCGGCAGACCUGGCCGAGUACAACGGACACGCGCAGUGUGCCAAAUAUCUACGUACUGUGGAGAACAUGAGCGUGGGGCACCGUGUGCUGUCGCGGGACCCCUCAGCAGAACAGGAGUGCAAACAGCCCGAUUCAGGCGUCUCUUCCCCACCUGCCAACUACGACUCCUGCAGCUCUUCCAAUGCGAGGAGGAGCACAGCGCCACCUGCAGGCAACCACAUGGACCCGAAUCGUACAGACAUGGACUCCUACAUGGACCUGCUGAACCCGGACCUGGCGACUGCAGCACAGAGGAAGGACGAGGGAAACUGCGCUUCCCCUUCCCCUCCCCCCCCUCCGGCCUUCCCUCCUCCCCCGCCCCCUCCCCCGCCCGACACCCAGCGGCACCCCCCUCCCCCGCCCAGUUACACCGCGCCCAGCACCCCCGCGGACCAGGCCUCCGCCGAGAUCUACCUGCAGGUGAAGAGCAACCUGCGGCACGUGGAGAAGGACACUCCGAGAAACAAUCCAGACAGGCUGCGAAGGGCCGACUCGAACAGGAAGUCCCGCAACUUCAACAAGCAGCCCAGCACUGGGGACUACUACAAGGCCCUGGGCAGCGACCCAGCCGAGCACCGCGGGGCGAGAGCCAUGGUGCCCAACGAGCAGGGUUCUGAACUGUUGGAGGAACCAGCGGACAGUCCCCCCGCUCUAGAUAAUGGGCCAGUGGAGGGACAGCACCCUCCACCACCUCCGCCACCUCCCCUCCCCUCCACCAAUCCCCCUCCCCCUCCCCCUCCACCUCCACCACCACCACCACCACCACCGCUGCCCCCAGAAACUCCGCCCCCAAAGAGCACCGAACAUCGCCGACCAUCCUCCUCUUCAGGAAAGGGCAUAAGCAGACCAAAGAGAAGCACAAAGUCAUUCAACAUGAUGUCCCCAACUGGUGACAAUGCGGAGCUGCUGGCAGAGAUCAAAGCAGGGAAGAGCCUGAAACCAACUCCUCACAGCAAAGGAUACAUUACUGGACACAACAGCAGCAGCAGCAGCACAGGGAGCAGCACAGGGAACAGCGUGGAGGCCCCUUUGCCUCCGCCUGCAGCUCCACUGUCACGGCCUCCUUCCCCACCUCCCGCGCCCCUUCCCCUCGCCUCCCCUUUGCCAGCGUCAGCCCCCCCGCCUGGCCCGGCUGGCGGCUCCGCCCACAAACUCCCGCCCGCCGGCGGCUGCGACCCGGUUACCCACGCGGUCAACGGCAGCGUGGAUUUGGGGCACAUGCGGCGGGGCAGCCUGGUGGACGUGGAAGCCCUGGUCCCCACCCACGACGAGCAGGGCGUGGCCAUCCCAGAGUGGAAGCGCCAGGUCAUGGUGCGUAAGCUGCAGGUGAAGAUGCAGGAGGAGGAGGAUCUUAAACGCAAGUUAUCUGCCCAGGGGUACGGCCAGCCCCAGGACUGGCACUACUCGCACACCCACAACGCCAUCCUGGGCCCGUUCGGGGAGCUGAUGACGGAGGCGGACCUCGUCCGCAUCGAGCGGCAGAUUGAGAACCUGCAGGUGAUGCACAAGGUGCAGGCAGUGGAGAAGGAGUUGGAGCAGCUGGAGCGGGAGCUGACGCAGCUGCUGCCCGUCUCCGCCGCGCUCAGCCACCGCCAGCACUUCUCCGUCAACCCCCGGCAGGUCCACGGGCAGGCGGAGGACCUGCCCGAGUGGUGCAGCAAGAUCUCCACCCUGCUGAAGAACAUGGCCAUCCUGCUGGCCACCCUGGGGGGCAAGGAGAUAGACAUCCUGGACCUGGUGUACUCCGGGUACAUACGGGAGGAGCGCAGGGACCCGAGGACGGCCCCCGCCGCCCCGGCCCCGCCCCCAGCCACCGCCCCCGCGAACAUCGGACGAUCCCAGUCGUUCUCCACCAGGGAGGAAGUGGAGAGGGAGAUCAAGCAGUGCGGCGUGUCCGUCAAGAACCUGAAGGCCAACUACGAGCUGCAGAGCCAGCCCAAGACCGAGGACAGCGCCAGCAGGGUUUACAAACGCAAGCGGUCCCUGCCUGUGGGAAGCGAGCCCGCGGGCCACAGGUCAGAGCCUAUCUUAGAGGAGGACUUCAUCUGCUCCACAGAGGACAUCCACUGGACCGACGCGAGCGGACCUCCGCCGCCGGACGCUACGGGUGCGGCCUUCAACGGAGAGGCCGUGACCGCACCCCCUUACGCUCCUCUCAACGGGGCAUCAUCGGCACACCUGGCCCAGCCCGAGCUGGACCAGCACUCCCAGACCCAGCCCGCGGACCCCCUGUGUCGCCCCAACCAGCCCACACGCAGCCUGGAGGUGCAGACAGACCUCAGCUACAUGCAGGAGUGGACGGACCUCAGGAAGGAGCGAAUCGUCUUCCUGUUCUUGGAGCACUGGAGGAAAUACACCUUCGCCGGCGCCGUCCGGCCGCGGUCUCCCAGGAGACAGGGCAGCACGGGCAGCGGCGGGGAAGGCAGCCUGCAGAGCGAGGACGACCAGCUGAUCUACCUGAUGAAGGAGAAGCAGGUGGUGGGGAAUCUGAUCUGCCACUGGAGGGCGAUCUUCAGCCAGGUGCCCAGCAGGCAAAUCCGCCGCCUCAGCCGCGCCCAGAUCAUUUACUGGCCCCAGCACUUCCUGCCGCACAUCAACGGCAUGCCCGUGGCCUACGACGGCCUGACCCUCGACCUCUUCAUGCUGGGCUACUUCCAGCUGCUGGAGAUGAGCAUGACGCGGAGCGAGCGCAGGUUCAGGCACCUGCUGUGCUUCGAGAUGUUCGACCGCCUGGGCACCCACAGCUGGGAGCUGAUCCGCCAGUUCCACCGCGAGGUUAUGGAGGAGCUGGAGGCCGGGAGGCGGGACUGGGCCGACGGCUUUGAGGACAUAAAGCGGAGGUACUUUGGGGAACCCGCCGAAGAGCCGGAUGGGGCGCUGCCUCAGGAACUGCUGAUGAUGGCCCCGGAACCUCCCGCAACACAGCCUGGCCCCGCCCCUGGCAAUUCACCGAACGGGAAGGAGAGCUGUGACCCUGCCCCCAUUCCUGAUGAGGGCUGGAACCCCCCCACACAGGACAUGAAGGAGAGUGUAUCUGUCCCUGCCCCCACCCCUCCCCCCAUACAGGACAGCAAUGGUAGCCAUUGUGACCCUGUCCCUGCCCCCGUACUACAAAGUAUAGAGAGUGUAAGCUACUCCGCCCCCAUACAGGAUAGGAAAAACAGCUUGUGUGACCUCACCCCCCUGCUGGAAGAGGAAACAGCAGAGGGUUCAUGGGAGGAGCAGACUCCCCUCCCAGUGACCCGUAAGGACUCCAUUCAGGUGAUCUCUGAGCUCGGAGAGUUCAGCAACGAGGAGAUCUGCCGGUACAUCGACCGCAGCUUCUCCUUCUGGAAGGAGAAGGAGGCAGAGCUCUUUGACAUGUGACCUCCUCCUUCUCUGUAUAAAACAUGGAGAGACUACAGCUCCCAGCCUCCCUCACACUGACGUGUAACUGCAGUAACUGGGUCACAGCUACCCUGCUGUGCUGUCCAGGCUUUUGUAAAUUUAAGUAAUGCAGAGUUUAGCGUUCAAAGGCCGUUGAAAUGCUAGUUCUAUCUGCCCAUUGCUGCCUGAAGACGAAUCCUACAAUAAAGAAAAAAUAGCUACUUGCUAAAUACGUUUUUUUUCUAAGAGCUCCUGCUGGCUUAUUAUGGGUCAUUCUUGGCUGAGGUUUCCUAGAGCUGCAAAUGUAUCUUACUGAAGCAAAGUGGGAUACCAUAAUUCAUUUGUGCAUUUUAUUUUAUGCAGCUUGUAAAUUGUAGGUGUCGCUGGCUGACUCAUUCUGUCAAAGCAAUGGCUGACUCAUUCCAAUGUGUUUGGAUGAGCUCUACAGACUGGUACAGAACCCGGACUGUGCCUGAUCACUUAGUCAUAAAUCCUAUUUCUUUGCUAAUUAUUAAUCCUUUUUUAUCUCUGUCCUUCCCAAUUUUGAAUUCAAAGUCAUAUUUCAGAUCCUUCAUUUCGGAAGAGUGCUCUCUCUGAAACACAUGCAGCCAGCAGGCGUUCUCCACUUCAUGAGUUAGACCCAGGAGUAGCUGGUUCUGGCAGACUGCAGGCACCUCACUGACCAGAGGAGGUGCUAUAAUGCAAUGAGGCUGUGAAUAGCCUGACAAUGGCAUCCCUCCCUCCCUGGGAAAGGCUAAGGCCAAUUUAUGCUUCCUCCCUGUGGGAUAGUCAGCAUGAGGAUGGUGAAGACUGAAUUCUAGACCAUUUGGAGCAUUACUGUAACAACAGCCACUGCUUUUGCUGGAUGAACCAACAAAGAGUCCAUAAUGUUAUAUUUUGACAAAAGAAAAUCUUUGUUUAUCUGUACUUAAUGUUUUUUGGGUUGUGAAGUACCUUGCUUUUUCAAAAGGUAUUAAAGAGGUGAGGGGGGAAGGGUUCAGAAAAGGAUUCACAUUUUUUGUCCUUGAAUUUUUAUACAUGCAGUUGCAGUUUGUGUGAUAUUAUGUGUUAAGUGGUAUGUAUUUUGACAUUAAAUAUGUUCAUGUUUUAUGAAAUGUGAACAGAUGCUUUUGAAUUUGAAAGUAUUACACAGUUUAUCUAAAAUUA